AUGACUGAAUCGAUGAACACUAUAACAAAUAAUAGACAAAGUGAUCGUAAUAACGACGAUAAUCCGAUCGAUUGGUUUGUGGUACAAAACCAUCAAGAAAAACAUGUUGUUGAUGCUUUUGGAUGGUUUGAUGAUGAUGAAAAUCAUCUAACCUUAUUUGAUUUGAAAUCUAUACCUAAAUCUGAUCAUGAUCUAAGUGUAUUCGAUGAAUUAAAAUAUCAAUGUGAUGCUGUUUUACUUGCAACAAAUUUUCAACAACAAACAACUAUAUCAACAACUAAUAAUAAUAAUAAUAAUAAUUCUUAUUUAUCUAAUCAAAUAACAACACCAAUAAUGAUGAAUGAAUAUGAACGACGUUUUCAAUAUUCACUUCAAAAAUUAACUAUACCAUCAUGGUAUAUUGAUACUAUUUCAUCAUCUAAAAUAGCAAGUAAACCAAUGAUUAUUUCGACGAAUGAUUUUAAUAAAGAAUCUCAUCGUACUCCGGAAAUCAUUCAUGUACAACGUCCACGUAGUUAUCGUUCAUGUCGUUCAUCAUUAAGAACAUCACCAACACCAUCUGUAUAUUCUUGGCAUCAAAAUCAUAUAACGGAUGGUAUGAACUUUUCUUCCUUAUUACCUUCAUCAUUAUCGUGUACUUCUUCUCGUCGACAUAAUAAAUAUGAAAAGGGUAUUGCACGUGUAACAAAAUCAAGUCAUUGGUAUCAACCAACACAAUUUAUUAUCGAACAGAAAAAUGAUCAUAUUGGAACUACAAAAAUAUCAAUAAAUCAACGAGAAAAAUUGAAUUAUAAUCAUUAUGAUAUACCAAAAAUUUACUAUGAUAAUAAAGAUAAUAUUUCUCAUGGAAUUAAACAAUGUUUCAUUUCUGAUAAAAGUAUAAUAUCUGGAACAUAUAGUCAACAACAAUCAAAAUAUUUAAAUAAUGAUAUUGAUUUUGAUGAGUUCGAAAACACGACUACUAGAAAGAAAAAAAGCAAUAACAGAGGCAAUAGCUUGAUAACGAACGAUAAGCAACAAGACAGCGAUAUUCCAUCAAAUGAAUUUAAAAAAAUGUCUUUAACAAGUGAGAAAAUAUCUUUUGGCCGUAUCGAGUUAGAAGAAGUAACUGAUGACGAAGAAAACGACAAACGAUCGCCAACUAAUAACAUACAUAAACCAUUAAUUAUCGAAGUUACUGACACUAAAGAAACUGAAGGAAAUGUAUUAUUAGAACGUAUUGCUAAUAAUUUAGUUGAUUCAAUAUUAAAUGAUGCAUUAUAUUCAGAAAAAUUGGAUCAUGAUAGUGAUGAUGAUAUGAACACGGGUGUUAGAGAAUUAUCUGAUGAUGAAAAUGCUCUUCGUGAGCUGGAUGAAAAUGAUAUGAGUGGUACAGAUGAAUUUAUUGUUUUUGCUACAAAUGCAGAAGCAUCUGAUCAUGAUGAUGAUGAUGAUGACGAUAAUAAUAAUAAUAAUAAUAAUAAUAAUCAAACAUCGUCAGCUGUACCUCGAGGUAGCCUUAAUCGAUUAUAUAUAUUUUCAAGAACAAAUGAUGAUACAACAAUUAAUUCAAAAACCCAAUCUUCUAAUCAAGAUUCUACAACAUCAGAACUAAUAAUUGAUGACAAGGAUAUAUUAAGAACUAAUUCUCUUUCGAAUAUUGAUUCAAAUCAACCAGUUAAUACAAUGAUUAAUCUUGAUAAUAAUAAUAAUAAUAUUAAUAAUAAUUCAUCUCCUAUAUAUCGUUCACAUAUACAAAAACGACAUAUUAAUUUAGGUCGAUAUUAUGAUGGAAUGUUACGUGCUACAAAUAGUCAACUACCAACACAUGAUUUACGUUCUAAUCUUGUUUUAAAUAAUACAGAAAAAACUGCAUCAUCUGAAGGUGUCAAUGAAGAAACUGUACGUCAAGGACGAAUUCUACUUGAUAGUAUAUCAGAUUCUACUGAUACUAAAAAUCAAUUAAAUGAAAAUGUUCAAAAUGAAUCUCUACCUAUUCGAUCAAUAUUAAAAAAUACUCGUUUUGCAUUAACAGAUGAAAUCAAUGAAAAAAAACCUGAUGAUAAUAUAUUAACAAUAGAAGAAAAAAAUGAAAUUUUCCCAAAAAAAAUUGUUACAACAACAAUAACAGAAGAAUAUCGUCGAAUACAACGAAAAAUUAUUGAAGAAUUUACUGACGAUUUCAAGGAUAAAUUAUGUCAAAAUUUUGAUUAUUCAAAACAACAAGAACAAUAUCAUACUCAACAAUCAUUAACACCAUCUGUUUCAAUAAAUGAUCAAUCACCAUAUGAAUUAUUAUCAGAAUGUUAUUCGGGUUAUUCUUUUAUUCGAAGUGAUUUUUUAACACCAAUAACAUAUCCAUUAACAUUAAAUGUUUCAUCAUUACCAUCGACAACUGAUGAAGCUUAUGAAUCUGAACAAACAACAACAAUAUCACCAUCUUCACUAACAAUGAGUUCAUCACCACCGACAACAGCAACAAUAGCUCAUGUUCAUCCAAAUCUUAUACAUGAAUUUGAAUAUCCAUCACCACCACCACCAGUACCUGAUCGACGUCUUAAACCACCUCAUUUACGUCCACCACCUCCUAUUAAACCUCGUUCUCAUCAACGACAACAACGAAAAAAUUCAAAUAAUUAUAGUACAAUAGAAAAAACACAAAUUUCACCAUUAACAGCUAUUGAACAUAUAAUGGCAUCAACACCAAAUGAUUCAACAUCAUCUUCAAUACGAACAUUAAGUAGUCGACAUUAUUGUGGUUCAUUACCUUUAUCUAAUGAAUUCGUAACAUCAUCAGAAUCUCAAACAAAACGAAAAACGGACGAUACUUUAAAUUCAUUAAUAAAUAAUGAUAAUAAUCAACAACCUACAUUAAGAAAAUCAACUUCAUCAUCAUUAAAUAAAAAUAGAUCAAACAAACCAUCAUCUACAUAUUUUGAUGAAGCAACAAAUGGUUUAGCUAUUCGAUUACCAGCACCCAUAUCUCAAGGACAAGAUUCAAUAAAUAAACAACAUCUCAAUAGAUCAUCAACACCAUCAUCUAGCAAACAAAUCGAUAGAACGAUAAAAAAACGACCGAUAUCGGAAAAUCUUCAUCUGGAUCGAUCGUCUAUUUAUGAAACAUCGGUCUAA